GUCCGAGCGCUUCGGCUACUGUAGGUCUGCUCUCCUCGCGAGGCUCAGGAGGCCUGUUUAUGUAUUUUUCAUCUUCAAUGUGAUUUACGACGCCGUUAUAGAGAAGAAAUUGGAGGUACAUCUGCUACAACACAAAGCCCGUUGACAAGACGCUCCGCGCCAAUCGACGGCUUGCCCGUAUAAGCCAUGGCGCUACCGCAAUCCGACGCUGACACUAGCCGCAACGCCCUGCUCGCCUCCCCGCCUUUAUCAGCGGGUAUCCCCCGUAAGCCAGUGCCAUCGCCGCUGCUGUUUAAGCACGGUGGAAAAGAGUACACCUCGGUGCAGGUGUCGUCGGCUUUGGACGACGUGGAUCUGGAUGGCUCAUCUUCAGGGAAUGAUGAGCGUCGUCAGAAGCAGCAGCAGCCGCUUGGAAUUGUGCCAACCGCCGUUGUGUAUCGCGGCAUAGGCGCGUCCCUGCGUAUCUGGAAGUGGGAGCUGAUAUCACUGCUCGUCAGCUACCUCAGCUUCAUGAGCAUCAUUGCCGUGCUGGCAGCGUUCCAGGGCAAGCUGCUGUCGUCGUGGAGCGGCCUCAUCUCCAUCAAUGCCAUUAUUGCCAUCCUGGCCACCAUCUUCAAGGCCGCACUGGUGCUGCCCGUCACAGAAGGAAUCAGCCAGCUGAAAUGGCUGUGGCUGUUCCAGGAGCAGCGCAGUCUCGUCGACGUUGACCGCUACGACCAAGCGAGCCGAGGUGCUUGGGGGUCCAUCUUGUUGAUUGCGCGCCAGUUUUCAGAAAAGAAGAAAUCUUACUUGGCCAGCCUCGGCGCCUUCAUAUUCCUCCUCACGCUCAUAACAGAUCCUUUCUACCAAGCAGCUGUGCAAGUCAACACAUGCUACCACAACUCGACUGCGUUGGCCAGCGUGCCGCGUGUCAACCAUUAUACUGCAACCCAAGGCGCUGUGCACGAUCGAGCGUUCCACGCCACUGCAGAUAUGGACAUUGCCGUUACUCAAGGUAUGGUCUUGCCACCGCGAAGUGGCUCGGACAGCAUUGCGCCAUCGGUACUCUGCUCCACGGGCAACUGCACAUUUGGCGAUAAUGAAGGCGUGUCAUUCAGCACGCUCGAUAUGUGCCAUGUGUGCGAGAACCUGACCACUCAGAUACUGACGCGCAAUAUCACCUACGAGGCUACGACUACAUCGGAUGCGUCUUCCAGCAACAGUAGCAGUAGCAGUGCGACCAAUGGCCCGUCAGGACGCAAACUAAAGGUGCGCCAGUCCGACACGACAUCAAACUCUUCUCCUCCUACGUCCUGGACCGAACCUACAUGGAUUCUAGAGAGCGCUGGUGGAAAUAUUACUAUGCUCGCUUCUGGUGGCCCGGUCCUAAAAGUCAUCUCUUUGAAUGACAACACCACGUCCUACCCCAUCGGCCCAUGGACCCGGAGCAGCAUACUUGAGUUCCGGGCGUUGGCGGCAUUGGAGAAGAAGAAUUGCACCGGCCCACAAGACUGCAGCUCGACUCCGUUUGCCUUUCAGUGCUCGCUGAGGCCGUGCGCCAAGACCUUCAAGGCCAGCAUGAAAGACGGCAAGUACAAGGAGACGGAAGUUUCCCGUGAGUACAUGCACAGAUCCAUGACGUACGCCUACGAGAUAGCACUCAAUAGGACCAUUGUCAACGGAACCUGGGUCAACUGUAGCCCCAGCGACAACGAGACAGAGACCAAUUCGUAUCAAUAUGCGCUUCCCGAGCCGCCCGAUAUCCAGCUCCAGCCUAUUGGCCCUCACCCGCCGGUUCAGCCAAACGCCAGCGUUUGGUACCCGCGGCAUUGCGUCUAUGCCAUCGAGACGGCCGCGUCCGUCGGCCUCGAAGCAUUGCUGAGAUUCAGUUUUGACAAUAACAACAUCACUAGAGUAGGCCCGUUGGUGCUGCCGACCAACUCCUGGGUCGCGAAUCUCUGGGCCGAUGGCAAUAUAUCCAUGGCGACGGUCAACAACUUCACCUCGGGCCUGGCCACGACGCUGGCCGUGCAGAUGCGCAGGACGAUGGACAAGAACAUAGACGUUAGCAGGCAGCUGGGCCAGACCAUCCAGCGAGAUACUUGCAUCAACAUCCGUUGGCACUACCUCAGCUUCGGCGCCAUCGUCCUCGUCCUCGAGACGGCGUUUCUGGUGGCUGUCAUCUUCACGAGCCACCGCAGGCAGUGGAACGCCAAUUGGAAGUCGUCGUUCCUGGGUCUCUUGGUCCCGCAGGCUGGUCCUGAUGCCACGCAGCUCCGCAGACAGAGUAUCUCGGGGCACGACGCCGAGGAUAAAGGGAAGCUGCGCAGAGUUGCUAAAGAUAUUAAUGUUUCGCUGGCCAAGGUGGGCGGGCGUUGGCAGCUGCAUACGGUUGAAAAGCUCGACUAGCUAGGGAAUUAGGACGGCGUUCCAUAUAUUAACCUACAUACUACAUAUUGAUUAAACUCUUUUUUUCGUGAAGUCAAAUAUUGUUACCGUGAUGACAGCAAUCAUGGGCUUCCUCAGGGUUUAUGUGCUAAGGCUGUUACUUCCAUAUACCUACAGUAUCACAUAAACUAGUUUGCU